AUGUUCUUCUUCAAUAGCAGCAAGCCGUUCGACCCGGAGAGAGACAUCCCAUCGCUCGAGGGCAAGGUGAUUCUCGUAACUGGCGGAAACAUCGGUCUGGGGAAGCAAGCCAUUCUCGAAUUCGCACGGCACAAUCCGCGCCAGAUAUGGCUCGCAGCUCGAAACCUCGAAAAGGCCACGGCAGCGGCGGACGAGAUCCGGGAACAGGUACAAGAUGCGCCAAUCAAGCUUCUGCAGAUGGACCUGUCGUCGCUUGACUCGGUCAAGAAGGCAGCCGACGUCUUUGCAGCAGAGUCGGAUCGCCUGGAUAUCCUCAUGCUCAACGCGGGAAUCAUGGCGUCGGCACCGGGCCUGACCAGGGAAGGCUACGAAGCGCAGUUUGGAACCAACCACAUGGGCCAUGCGCUUUUGACCAAGCUCCUGACACCAAUACUGGAAAAGACAGCCAAAGGGAGCGCCGAUGCCGACGUGCGCGUCGUCUCAUUAUCAUCGGCAGCGAACAACAUGGCACCAACGGGAGGCAUAGUGUUCGAGUCCCUCAAGACCGAGGCCAGCAGCCUGGGCCCACUUGGGCGAUAUGGCCAGAGCAAGCUCGCAAACAUCCUCUUCGCCAGGCAGCUCGCCAAGCAGUAUCCGCACUUCACUGUCUCCGCCAUCCAUCCCGGGGUGGUACAGACGAAUCUGAUCAACGGUGCAAAGAAUCAACUCUGGGCCUCGGUGUCCAAGGAUGUUCAGAGUGGAGAGUACUAUGAGCCUGUUGGAAUCGCCGACAAGUGCAUUGCGCUCGGCAAAGAUGACGACCUGGCUAAGAAGUUGUGGGACUGGACCGAGAAGGAGCUGGACGAGUACAUCAGGACAGGCUCAUCUGUGAAGGGAAAUCUAUUGGGCAAGAUCAAUGACCAGCUCUUCAUCUCCUGGGCCCCAGUCCCUUCAGAUGUGCUGUAUUUUCUCACAAUGAACAGCAGCCUUCUCACAAAGGCCGUGGCGCCUGCGCGGGUCCUGGCGCAAAGCCAAUUUGUCGGCCGGCCAAAGAUUCGGGAAUGCAUUGGCAAAGGUGCACGCAUCCACACAGCUGCGAUUCGCGUCGUCUCCAAAGACAAGUCGAGGCGGAUAACCCUGUCCGGCCCAAGACGAUGCUUCCACGCAACCACGGCUCUUGCUCAAAAGGACCCGUACAAGGCCCUUGGGGUGAGCAAGGGCGCAUCGGCCGCCGACAUCAAAAAGGCAUACUAUGGCCUGGCCAAGAAAUACCAUCCCGAUACGAACAAGGACGCGAAUGCCAAGGAUCACUUCGCCGACAUCCAGUCCGCCUACGAGAUCCUGUCCGACCCCAAGAAACGGGAGCAAUACGAUCAGUUCGGGGCCGCAGGCUUCGAUCCCAGCGGAGGAGGCCCAGGGGGAUUUGGAGGGGGCUUCAACUUUGAGGACAUCUUUUCUGCCUUUACCGGCCAGCAAGGCCCCUUUGGCGGCCGCCGCGGUGGUCGGUCGAACCCGUUUCAGCAAGAGAUACUCGUUGGCGACAACAUCGAGGUGCAGACCAGCGUUUCCUUCAUGGAGGCGGCCAAGGGAGCCAACAAGACCGUCAGCGUCACCCCCUUGGUGUCCUGCGAGACGUGUUCCGGAGGCGGCUUGAAGCCCGGGACGCAAAGGUCUUCGUGCAAAUCCUGCAACGGCACGGGCACGCGUCUGCACUUUGUGCAGGGUGGCUUCCAGAUGGCGUCAAGCUGCGGGACCUGCGACGGAACGGGCUCGACCAUCCCCAAGGGCGCUGAAUGCCGGACGUGCGCGGGCAAAGGUGUCAUCAGGGAGAGGAAGAUAAUAACGCUGGACAUCCCCGCCGGUAUUGAGGACGGCAUGCGCCUCCGAGUCGACGGGGCCGGCGACGCGCCUGUCACGGGUCGAAACGCAGACCCCAACGCCAGAGCCCAGAACGGCGAUCUCUACGUCUUUGUCCGCGUUGCAAAGGACCCGAGGUUUAGCAGAGAAGGCUCCAACAUUCUCUACACGGCCACCAUCCCGCUCACCACCGCCCUGCUCGGCGGGCAAGUCUCGAUCCCGACACUCGACGGAUCGGUCAAUGUCAAGGUCGCGACCGGCACCAACUCGGGCGAAAAGAUUACCUUGUCAGGCAUGGGGAUGAAGCGCCUCGGCUCGAGGAGAGGCGGCCUGGGCGACCUCAAGGUCGAGUUCCGCGUCAACAUGCCCAAGUAUCUCAGCGCGAACCAGCGGGUGCUUGUAGAGAUGCUUGCGGAUGAAAUGGACGACAAGAGUGCCAGGAGGGUCAUGAAUGUUUCCAGCUCGAAACCCGACCCAUCCGAUCCCGAAUCGCACAGAAACGAAGGCUUCUUGAAGCAAAUGUGGCAUACACUGACGAACCACCCAGCCCAUCAAAAAGACGCCAAAGAACAGCCCGCCGCGAGCAAGGAGGACACCAAGCAGAAGAAACCGGAUGACGAGGCUAAAAAGUCGUCUGAAUCCGGCUCCGGCUGA